GAGAGCACCUUCGUCCGAGAGGAGUUAGGUUGCUUAUUUUCUGUGGAGAAUUAAAGGGAUUUGUGUGGGUUUGUUUUUUUUUUUCCCCUCUGUCAUAGAGUUGGGAGUUUUGUCGGGAGUCCUGGCUGGACGACGGGGAAGAAUGAAAGUUUGAAGCGGCGCAUCUCAGCUCUGUUGCUUCAGUAUGAGAAGUUUGUGAAAGUGUCUGAAAACUCGACGACGCUCCCAGAAAGUAGAUGGAGGAACCAGGAGGUACAGAUAUUUGUUACUGUGCGGGCUGUGGAGAACAAAUUCAAGACUCGUUUCACAUGAAGGUCCUGCAGGACAUCUGGCACAACGCCUGCUUUCAGUGUUCUGUGUGCUGUGACCACCUAACUAACUGGUACUAUGAGAAGGAUGGCAAGCUGUACUGUCGCAAACACUACUGGGAGAAGUUUGGAGAGCUCUGUCACGGUUGCUCUCUACUCAUGACUGGACCUGCCAUGGUGGCCGGAGAACACAAGUAUCACCCUGAGUGCUUUGUGUGUCUGAGGUGCAAAGUGGUUAUUGAGGACAGGGACACCUACGCCUUAGUGGAGAGAUCGAAACUCUACUGUGGAAAGUGUUACAAGCAGGUGGUCCUCACACCCAUGUUGGAAAAGCGUUCACACGACUCGGUGCUAGACUCCCUGCCCCACACGGUGACGCUAAUCUCGAUGCCCUCUGCAGCCAACGGCAAGAGGGGCCUCUCCGUCUCCGUGCUGAGGGACGUCAAUGGCUCAGCGAGUGUUCAAGUCAAGGAGGUCAGAGGGAUGCUUAUUAGUCCGGAGGUUCGAAAUGCCAUCCAUGUUGGAGACAGGAUCCUGGAGAUCAAUGGCCUUCCAGUGGGGACAUUAAUGGAGGAGGAGGUGGACGAUCUUAUUCACCGCACCAGUCACACGCUGCAGCUGCUUAUAGAGUAUGACCCGGUCAGGCAGCGUUUGGAUCGGCUCAGACUGGGAUCACCCAGGAACCAGUUAGGAGUCCCAGCCACCUCCCGCAUGCGUCUGUCCUCACCUUCUGAUGCAGUCCUGGAGAGAACGGAUGUGGUUGAUGACGGCACACUGAAAAGGAGGUCUUUGAGGCGGAGUAACAGCAUAUGCAAGUCACCUGGGCCAUAUUCCCCCAAAGAGCCAGCUUUUAUUGCACGAGACAUUGGACGCUCUGAAUCCCUGAGAUCCUCCAGUAGCUGCUCUCAUCGCAUCUUCCGGCCGUGUGACCUCAUCCACGGAGAAAUCUUAGGAAAAGGUUUCUUUGGACAGGCCAUCAAGGUGACUCAUAAAGCCACAGGAGAGGUGAUGGUGAUGAAGGAGCUGAUCCGUUGUGAUGAGGAGACCCAGAAAACUUUCCUAAAGGAGGUCAAAGUAAUGCGAAGCCUUGAUCAUCCCCACGUUUUGAAGUUCAUCGGUGUGCUAUAUAAAGACAAGAGGCUCAAUUUGAUAACUGAGUUUAUCGAGGGAGGCACCCUGAAGGAUUUCAUCAGAGACACGGACCCUUUUCCAUGGGAGCAAAGGGUGAGCUUUGCAAAGAGCAUCGCUUCUGGCAUGGCCUACCUUCACUCAAUGAGCAUCAUACACAGAGACCUCAACUCUCACAACUGCCUGGUUAAACUGGACAACACUGUGGUGGUCGCUGACUUUGGACUCUCCCGACUCAUAGUGGAGGAGAAAGUAAAGCCUCCGCCUGAGAAACCUUCCACAAAGAAGAGGGUUUUCCGGCGUAUUGACCGAAAGAAGCGGUACACAGUUGUGGGAAACCCUUACUGGAUGGCUCCAGAGAUGCUAAAUGGUAAACGCUAUGAUGAGAAGGUGGACAUUUUCUCCUUUGGAAUUGUGCUUUGUGAGAUCAUUGGAAAAGUCUAUGCAGACCCUGAGUGCCUCCCCAGGACGCUGGACUUUGGCCUGAACGUUGGCAAGUUUGUGGAGAAGUUCCUCCCCGAAGACAGCCCACCAGCUUUCUUUCCACUGGCUGUUGCCUGCUGUGAUCUCACACCAGACAACCGUCCACCUUUCCAGAAGCUGGAGGACUGGUUUGAAGCUCUGUCCCUCAACCAGGAGCUGGGGAUCCACCUGCCAGCCGAACUGGAUGAACUGCACCAGAGUCUGAGUCAACUCCACUGGCCUAAAGACAGCUCUCCAACACAGAGCACAGAUCAGCCAUCAACCCCGACAACAGCCUCUCCAGACUCUUCCAGCAUGACAGACAAUGGCACCUAGGACCUGUGCCUCCCUCAUUUGACCCCUCUGAACUGCUGCACUAAUACUGUGGAUGUGAAAAAGAGGAAAACUCCAUUGAACCCGAGCCAUAAUAGAACUGGAUAACCUGAGGUAGCUGGACCAAUCUUCUCCAUGUGGGAUCUUAACUCUGAGAGCUCCACUCAGCCACAAUGUUAGUGGAAAGACGCAUUUCAAAAAAGACAAGUGUUAGUUACAAUUUUUUUUUUUUGUACCUUAUUCAGCCCGUCUCAACACACACAGGGUUGUGCUAAUGUUUACUGUGCAUAAAGACAAAAUACAUCUCUCUGUGACUCUGACCCCUGACCAAGGACGUGCAUCUGUAUAAGGUGGAAAACCUCGAUAAGUCCCCAAGUGACAGCAGUUUUGUUUUUCUAGCUCUGAAGCUGUUGUUUGCCAUGUGUGGAAUGUACAGAUCAGUCCUUGCCCAGAAGAGGACUCACUUCACCGCAGCAGCAAAGAAAACAAAGAGGCUUGACAGUUGAGCUGACAUGUCCAAGUAAACAGAGGGCAGGGCAUGAAGAAAACAGGAGUGACAAAAGGCAGCAGUGGAAGCAAAACAAACACCGGCCCCAAUUAUUUUCAUCACUCUGAGAUUUGACACAAGAUGGCAACGGAAAGUUUAGAUUUUUGUGUGUGUGUAUGUGUGUGUGUCUGUGUCUAAGAGCCACUGAUCAAAUUUUUGACGAGACAGUUACAAGUAUAGUUCUGUACUUUGUAGUCUAAUGAUUUUAAUUCAUUUAUUAGAAUGAUGAACACUAUUUACAUUUUGACCUUUUGUUCGAAGUUUCUAUCAAACUAUUGAGGACAGGGCAGAGGCUCUUCUGGAAAAGACAUAGCCAUGCAAGAGCUGACUAUAAAAUGUUGCCUUGUACAGGAGAACUGGAUUUUUUUAAGCAGUGUAUAUAAAUAUGUACAUAUUACGCCUCUAAUUGGACGUCAUUUUCUAAUGGGAACUUUAGAUUUGUAGAUUUUUAGACAUUUCGUCAACGAUGGAAGUUUUUGCCUUUUUUGCUAUCAUCAUGCAAGGUACUGACGACCAGUUGUAACCACUAUUAUUUAUAUCACUUUAGUGUUUCAUAAAUAAACCUUCAGAAAGUUG